CUCCUCCCCUCUGAGGAGUACAGGAGCCCAGUUAACCGAUGUUAAUCGGAUUAUAUGACUUUAGAGGACAGGAUUUGAUCAAUUAAGAAGGGAAGGGACGAGACUAUUCAUUCCCUUCUCUACUAACUAGCUUCUUUUAGGAAAAAAAAUGCCUCUCUUUAUAAACCGGGACCAAAUAUUUGCUCACCAGGUACACCUGCUGGAACACAAACUGAGAAGUAAAGAGGAGCGAAUACUGGAACUGGAGACGGAGAAUGCUAUUCUUCAUUUAAGACUUGCCGAGUGUCUGGGGAAACUCCGUCGGGACCAUGAAGAAGAGACCAAGGCCCUGAACCAUCAUCAGCACCAGAGGAAUGCACAGAAGUUAACCCGGGUAGCCCUCGGCAAACUGCUUUCAGAGGUCCAGGCUGUGAAGCAGGACUUGAGUGAACUUUUCGCUGUGUAUUUGAGCUUUUCCACGGAGCUGGAGGAGCAGAGUAAGCAGCUGCUGGAAAAAGUAGAGCAAGUCAGCGGUUCUCUAAAUGGUCACAGUGGACACGAGAUUCAGACCUUGAAAGCUGGUGUUGCAGCUCUUGAACACUCCCUGGAGGAGGAGAGGGAGAGGUGCAGGGCGGAGAGGCAGCGGAGGAAAGAACUCCAUAAUGCACUGGUGGAAUUGAGAGGCAACAUCCGAGUUCACUGCAGGGUGCGACCAGUUCUACCCUUUGACCACGUCCAGUGCUUCGCCGCUGGAUCAAGGCCUGCGUCAUCAGAAGAAGUGGUCUCUGCAGUCAGCGAUGACACGGUGAUGGUGAAUUGCAUGAAAGCUGGGAUUCCAGUGCAAAACAAGAUGUUUGAGUUUGAGAGAGUGCAUGGACCAGAGGAUUCCCAGGAUGCAGUGUUUGAGGAAGUCAAGCCGCUCCUCACAUCUCUGCUGGAUGGCUAUAAUGUGUGUAUAAUGGCGUACGGGCAGACAGGCAGUGGGAAGACUCACACCAUGAUGGGAUCCCAGCUGCUGGAGGAGCACUCGGGGACGCAGCAGGAGACACAGCAGGGUAUUAUCCCCAAGGCUGCUGCUGAGCUGUUUUGGCUGAUCUCUGAGAAGCCUGCGGGGAGCUACACGGUGGAGGUAUCAGUGAUGGAGGUGUACAACAACGAGGUGUUUGACCUUCUGGCCAGAGAUGAGCAGGGAAACGCUGUCGACCAGCGUCGGGACGUCAUGACCACCUCCUCUGGUGCCAGCCAGGUCACCGCUCUCACGUACGAGCCUGUGCAUAACGCCUCUGAGGUGAUGCAGAUCAUCAGCAGCGUUUUAAAGCUCAGGGCUCACUGUCCCACCCUCGUCCACACCGACUCCUCGCGCUCUCACCUCAUUGUCACCCUCACCAUUUCUUCCAAGAGCCCCAAUGCACUGGCCCUGGCCCGCAGGCUACAGAGUGCCAAGAAGGACAUGCAGCGCUCCACCCAGAAGGAGUGGUGGAGUCCACGCUGUCGCCGUGCCAACCCUGCAAACCGCCGCUCAUCUGAUGAUCACCUCUCUGCAAGCACAGCCACCUCUCCCUGCCGCUCCCCUUCCCAUUCUCCAUGUCCGUCCCCCAGGACCAGCAUCUCUCAGGCUCUGUUCAGGACCAAGCUGCAGCUGGUGGACCUGGCAGGGAGCGAGUGUGUCGGGAUGUCUGGAGUUUCGGGAGCAGCUCUGUGGGAGGUGUCCUGUAUAAACCGCAGCCUCUCUGCUCUAUCUGAUGUUCUGGGAGCUCUCGCUGAGCAGAGACCACACGUCCCCUACAGGAACAGCAAACUCACUCAUCUGCUACAGGAUGCCAUAGGCGGCGAUGCCAAGCUGCUGGUGAUGCUGUGUGUCUCUCCUACGCAGCGCUUCAUCACCGAGUCUCUGCAGUCUCUGGGCUUCGGUACGCGGGCCCGUCAGGUCCAAAAGGAGCUUCCGAGAAGGAAGAAUACCACCCUCAAAGUUAAGUGACCAGACAGAGAAGUAGGUUUUAUCCUUUGCAGAUGCUGUGGCAACCAUAGAUCCUGUCCUGCCAACAGAACAGAUUUGAGGGUCCAUACCUGCACAUUUGUUCUUUUUGUUUGACAGAGUAUGUGGGCCCUUCUUAAUCUCAGUAGUUACUUCAACUAGGAGAUUGGUUUCGCUAGAUUGUUUUAUGUAUUUUUGUUUUUGAAUAUGUCUUGAUAGCAUAAAAUGUUUUAUAGGGCUGUCUGAAGCCGCAAAUGCCUCUAUGAUGCUUGAAUGUAGAACGCGUUAAUAGGUGAGGGAUCAUGUAGAGCGAGCUAGUGGGGGAGCAGGGCCUUGACACAAAGCGGAAGUGUCUUGAAUCAGAUCUACAUUAUCUUUAUCUUAUUACACGGCUUAUUACAUGGCUACUCGUACAGAGUUUAACAGCUGAUAACCGUGUCCCGGUCAGGGCUCCGGCGGAAGCCAGCUCGUGUAAUGCGUUAAAAACCCUGGCAAUCACCAAGGGUGCUAUAGUAGUUAUGAAUGAACUCAAUUAAGUAUACAAUCACUGUAUUUUUGACUUGUUGUAGAUCAUGUCAAUAGUUAACAGUCCUGUAUAUGCAACGGCUUUCUGACUGAAGUAUUCUUCUGUAAAUACAUUUCAGUACAUGCAUGUCAUGCCUUUUCUUUUUUGGUGUUUUUGGUGCAGUUAUGUUUCUACAGUAUUUAUACACGUUUAUAUAUUCUGUAUCUGUAACCAUCGCCGUUUUUUGGUUACACCACCUUUGGUUAAAAGUCACCUUGGUAGAAUAGACUCAGUAGACAAUUGUGUCAAUAUUACCUUAAAAUAAACUGCUGAUAUGCAG